AUGGGCAAAGCCAAACUGGCACCAAAACCAGCUCACACAAUUCCACGACUGGAGCUAUGCGCCGCUGUCCUUGCUGCAGAAAUGGCAGAGCUUAUAUGCCAAGAAAUCGACCUAGAGCUUCAUGCUGUAAAGUACUACACGGAUAGAGAACUGCUGACAGAGUUUGCAAAUUACUUUCACUUCGGCUAUCGCGAGUGCAUGAAGAACCUCGUUCACUACCUGACCACCGUGGAGCGAAUGGAGACCAAAGACACCAAAUACGCACGCAUCCUCGCGUUCCUGCAGUCCAAAGUCGUUACCGAGCCCGUGUUUGGCUCGUUGGGCACCAUCUCACCAGACCCUACGGACCUUCUGUGCCAGCUGGAGUACCAGAGUCCAAGUCCAACCGAGUCAAUGUUUCAGCAGAGCCCUCCCGGACACUUUCCCUGGCACCACUCGGCGCGGAACCCCACGCUCGCGUAUCCAGCGAUGUCUCAGCACAGCGGAUACUUAUCACCGGUUCAGGGACUCGAUCAUCAUUACAUGAACUUCAUCGGGCACUCACACCCCAAUGCCUUCAGCUUACACAAUGCACAACACGCUGCUCUGUAA